GACUCCUCCUUUUUGCUCUCCCCUGUCCCGUCGAUCUCCGUCUUCCCCUCCCCGAUUUCUCACGCGCGUCCGCCUCGCCGCCGGCCCGCCGGGAAGAUGGCCGCGUCGGGGUCCGGGUCCGGGUCCGGCCAGAUCCAGCCGCUCAAGAUCCCGGACGCCGUCGUCGCGCUCGCGCAGGCCGCCGCCAAGGCCAACAACAGCAGUAACAGCGCCGCCGCCGCCGACGCCACCGACAAAUAUCUCCCCGGGUGGCCGCUCUUCUCGCCGCCCAAGAUGCAGCUGACCAAGUGCGCCAAGUGCCCCCGGGAGUUCUGCUCCUCCGUCGCCCUCCGCCGCCACACCCGCGUCCACCGCCGCGCCCUCAAGAUCGACAAGGAUUUCCCCAAGAACAGAGACCACCUUGCCGCAUUCUGGGACAAACUCACGGUGGAUCAGGCCCAAGCGAUACUGUCCUUGGAGGGCGUGGCUAUAGAGGAGACCAGCGCUUUAUUCAUCUUGACAUCAUUGUCGUCAUGGAUGUGCAAGCCAGGGUACGCUUCGUUGCCGCUGCCGUAUGCCAGAGCUGGCAAUGAACUCCUGGACCUUAUUCAGACAGCAGCCUCAAGACUACCUAUCUCAUCAAAUGAACUGUUUAUCAUGCUCGACGAAGCAAGCGAGAACACAUUUCUCUGUACCAACGCAGCCGACGCUGCUUUCGUUCAGAAGUUUUUGUUUGAUGGGGAGGUUGAGAAGGUCGCAACAGAGUUGAAAAACGUUGUUGCGUGCACGAGUUACAUCCUUGAACAGAAGCUGGUUGAAGCAUGGUCUGCUGAUAAGGCCGCCGAAGCAUUAAGAUGCCAGAAGUUGCUUGUGGAGGAAGAGGACGCUGCUCAGAAAAGGCAAGCUGAAAUCAUGGAAAGGAAAAGGAUGAAGAAACUGAGACAGAAAGAACAGAGACUGAAAGACCUCAAGGACGAGGGCACCAUGGUCCAGUUACCUGAAGUGGUCGAUGGUGCGACGAGCUCUCCUGGGAUUCAGAGUCUCGAGGCUGUUUCAGGCCCUGGCCUCCACGAGCAAGAAGACCCACAGCAUCUUCAAUUGUCAGCACCAGUGCCUUCAGACGACAAUGGUUGCAAUGGAGAAGAUGCCAAUUGUGGUUCGGGACAAGAAAUCGAUACUGCUGCUGUUUUCAGGGAACAAGCCAUGGCAACAAGCAAUCUCGACAGGGCAGAAAACCUUCCCCCAAAUAGCUCUGUCUCGGGUUCUUCUGCGACUGCGUCGAAGCAUCCAUCUUCAUCUUCAGUAAGGCACUCACGUCACAGGGAGCCAAAUGUCGGUGCAGCGACAAACAAAAGCAAGACCUGGGCAUGGAAGGUGCGAACUGGUGUUGAAGAACGGUGCCCAAAAGGUGAGCCAGAUGUAGAUGCUAACCAAGAGACGGCUCCUCUCAACACGGACAAGAACUCGCAAGUGCUAAUAGGAUCCAUAAGCGUCGCGAUCGAAGACGGUGGUGGAUGCUCGCAGGACUCCAAGGAUAACCACCCAGCUCCUCCUGAAUCUGAUUCGAACACUCUGAACGAUCCAGUGGCCAAGGUGAUGCAGCCAACCAGCCAUGAUGAGAACGGAUGUGAAGACGCUAAUGGUGGUACCAUUACACCGGCAGCAGAGGACCAUUCUCCCUCCAGUAUCAUGACAGAUGAGAGCGGCUCAGUCUGUGGCAACGUGGAGUCGGCAGAAAGCGUGGGCCUACAACGAGGCACCAUGAUGUCUUCCGGUCAAGAAGCGGCGGCAUUCCUUUCUCAAAGAUGGAAGGAAGCGGUGGCUGGGGAUCAUGUGAAGCUUGUUCUGUGCUGAGGUCCUGAGGAGCUGCACAGCACCCACCGGAGGACUGAUCUGAUGUAUACAAGGAAGGCACCUGCCUACUAUAUUGGCCGAGCCGAACCGACCCAUGGAGCAAAGUAUUGUGGAGUUGCAAAGCAUCCAUUCCAUGGGGCAGUUCAUUUGAGUACUAGACUUUGGGUACUAGACUUGGUUGGUUGGUUUUUAGAUGGUAAAUGAGUAAAAUGCUUGCAUGGCGCAGUUGAAUUCGGGUACUAUAUUGCUUGAUGGUUAACUAGCAGAAGAGUUGACGUGUUGUGUGGGCAGAGUCACCGUGCAUGAUAAACCAAGAGGGGAAGUAAUCAGGUGAUGAGAAGAUUGGCCAGUAGAAUUUCUUCCUUGUGUUUCUGUUUAGGUUUUGGGGGCUACAGAGAUGCUCUUCUGACCAACAAGAAAACGUUGGUAAGUUGGUACUCUUUCAGUUUAUCCCAAUCAAGAUAUACAUCAUUCGCUACUCUUUUUUCUUUUCUUUUCCUGAUGGGAUGUACUAGUUGGUUGAUCAAAGGCAUUAUCAUUCUCCGAGGGUCAUGAUUUCCUGAUACAGGAUCAGCCCGUUAGUAAAGAACUUCAAGAACAGAACGCUGAAGGGUUUUGUUUCAGUGUCA